CUCCUCCGAAACGCGCAUGCGCAUUGCAAAGAGAAAACGAGAGCGCGAGAGAGGAAAAGGGCUCGCGGUGAGCGCCGCUCGCGCACACACACUGCAGUGAAGUUUCACUGAGGAGCAGCGAGCGCGAGGACUUCCUUAUCAGUGUUUUAUGUCCCCCCCCCAAAAAAAAACUCCUCACAGUCGCUUUACACGAGCCGGGAUUAAACCUCGAGAAACAUUUUCAGAACACUUCAUGAAAUAAAGCAGUCACGUGGGGGUUUAAGUGGAAAAUAACGGGAUUUGAUCGAAAGAAAUCCGGUAAAGGAGUGGGCGGAGCCUCUGCACGUGAAGGUACAGAUUUCUAGGGCUCAUGGAGGGCAUCUGCUUCCAGGUGAAACCCCGAGGCGACCCCGCACCUUCCUCCCGGCCACUCCCAGAAGGAUCAGGAGAUGAAGAUGAGGAGGAGGAGGAAGAGAAGGGGGAGGAGAUCCAGUACAGGCUAACGCUGGUGGGAUCGUUAGCAGUCCACCCCCAGACCAGUAUGACCAUGCUGCCGUGGGUGGUGGCUGAGAUACGCAGGCCUCGGCUGAAGGAAAGGAGCUUCAACGCCGCAAUCUCCGGACCUCAAGCUAUAGAGAUGCGCGACUGUCCGGUGGUCUUACGGAUCUCGCGUUCCUGGGUGCUGUGCGUGCUGGGCGUGGCGUGCGCGGGGGACAUGUGGGACCCUCUGCGGCACACCGUCCUCUUUCAGCAGCGGCCGCACCGCGUCACCAAACUCAUCCACAACAGCCGAGAGCCGAGCUACUUCGGCUGUCUGAUUCGGGAUGAAACCAGCGCUACCUGCUACGUCUUCCGCUGCCAUGACGAACACAAGGUCCCAGAAAUCAUCAGCACCCUCAGGCAGGCCAGUAAAAGCUCCGCCCGUCAGGAGGACACGCCUACCGCCCAGCCCGGUGACUCUCAACAAGACAGCAGUUGUCAGGACACCCCGGAAUCGGCGACGGCCUUCGCCAAAAAGUUCGAGGUGCUGUUCUGCGGGCGGGCGGUGGUGGCCCGGAAGAACGCUCCCCCGGCGCUGAUAGACGAGUGCAUUGAGAAGUUCAGCCGAGCCAACGCUACCACCUCCCUCUCUGCCGGCUUCAGGAGAGCCUUCUCCCUCUCGCAGUUGCUAAACGGUGCGAACGAGGGAGCGGAUGGAGGAGGAAAGAGGGCGCUGUUUUUCCGGAGAGAUCCGAGCUUCCCGUCUCUGCAGGCGCUGGACGAGAACGGCCUCUCGCCAGAGCUACAGCGCCGAUCGGCGAACGGAGCCGCCGGAGUCCAGCCCACCAGCCUGCAGGAGAACAGGACCAUGUUAUUCACGAUCGGGCGCUCUCAGAUCUUCCUAGUGAGUCCUGACAGUAAGAAAGUGGCCAUCGAGAAGAGCUUCAGGGAAAUCUCUUUCUGCUCACAGGGUAUAAGGCACGUGGAUCAUUUCGGGUUUAUCUGUAGAGAGUCAGAUGACGGAGGGAGCUGCCAGUUUGUGUGCUACGUGUUCCAGUGUACAGACGAGGCUCUGGUGGAUGAGAUCAUGCUGACUCUGAAGCAAGCGUUCUCCGUGGCCGCCCUGCAGAAGAGCACUAGGACCCAGAGCCUGCAGUGUGACUCCUGCCCCAUGCAGCAGCUGCACCGGCUCUGUGACCGCAUCGAGGGUCUCACUGCAUCCAAGGCUAAACUGGAGUUGCAGAAGCACGUGGCUUUUCUGGAUAAUCAGGAGCAGGCGUGCGUGUUCGAGACCACCCUGAAUGCCAGACCGAAGUCGGACCAGGAGGAAAACGAGCUGGUCUUAUCGUGCUUGAGGCGACUCUAUGAAGAGAGACAGAAGACACACACGCACACACACAUCGCGCAAACACAACAGGAAGCUCCAGCGGUGUGUGAGGAGACAUGUACAGGUCCCGAAGGCAGCGUGAGCAGCAGCCGGCUGCGUCUGGAACAGCUGAAGAGUCGAGCCAAAAGAUCGCUCACGGAGUCACUGGAAGGGAUAUGGAAGAGCAACAGUAGGUCCCGGUUACAGAGAGAGAGCAGCGACAGCACCUCCUCAAACUCCACCGUCAGCAGCAGCGCACAUCAGGAUAUCAUCUCGGUGGAACCGCCGUCGCCGCCCCUCCUCCACCUGCCGUCCACCCCGCUCCGCUCCCACAAUUCCACAGGGGACCUGAAGUUUCUGGAGGCCGGCUCGAGAGACGCGGAUCAAGAAGGUCACGACCCCCAGGCUCAGAGCUUCAGGAGGCGAGCGAGUACGAUCAGUCACUCUCCGUCGAUGUGCGCGAGCAGCCUGAGCGUCCCAAGCGAGCAGGUCACGGCCGCGAGCAAGCCCAAACUCGUACGCCAUUACUCCGUCAGCACCGACUCGCCUCAUCAUCAGAGCAAGUCGGCUCACGUCGGCGAUACGAUCUCCUCCGCUCCUUCCUCCUCUGCUCCUUCCUCUUCCUCACACCUCCCCUUCUCUUCCUCUCCUGCCUAUGCGAGACUGAUGAAGCCGAGAGCCUUUGAGCAGCUCACAAAACCCCUCAAGAGUGGAUUGAGGGCCAGACUGUCUUAUUCUUCUUCUGUUCCAAACUUCUUAAAGUUUCUGGCUCCUGUAGAGGAGCACGAUGACUCCUUCCUCUCGCCGAAACACAGAGACGUAGCGGCCCUGUCCAGCCCGGUAGCCGUGUGUGUGGUGGGACAGGACAGUCCACUCCGUCAGCGCAGACACUCCUGGAGACAGCAGAUCUUCCUCAGAGUGGCUACGCCACAGAAAGGCUCCGAUACAGCAGAAAGAGGAGAAACGUCCCUCGAGGUCGGCGGUAGACUGGCGGCGGGAGGCGGAGCCGGGGGCGGAGACUGUACGCUGGGGCCGGUACCCGAGGAGAGGAGGAAGAGGAGUCGGGAGGAGCUGCGAGAGUUAUGGAAGAAAGCUAUUCUGCAGCAGAUCCUCCUCCUGAGGAUGGAGAGAGAGAACCAGAAACUACAGGCCUCUGAGAGCGACCUCCAGAGCAGGCGGCUGAAGCUGGAUUAUGAGGAGAUCACGCCCUGUCUUAAGGACGUCACUCUCGUCUGGGAGAAAAUGCUCAGCACCAACGGAAGGCCAAAGGUCAAGUUUGACACAGAGAAGAUCCAUACAGCCGUCGGGCAAGGUGUGCCCCGGCAGCACAGGGGUGAAAUCUGGAAGUUUCUCUCUGAGCAGUAUUCGCUGAGACAGCAGGUGCCCAGCACCAAACCGCCCAAUAAUGACCUGCCUUAUAAAGAGCUACUGAAACAACUCACCUCCCAACAACACGCCAUCCUCAUCGAUCUGGGCCGCACGUUCCCCACUCACCCGUACUUCAGCGCUCAGCUGGGUGCGGGUCAGCUGUCGCUCUAUAACCUGCUGAAGGCCUACUCUCUGCUGGACCCGGAGGUGGGCUACUGCCAGGGGCUGAGCUUCGUGGCGGGAGUGCUGCUGCUGCACAUGAGCGAGGAGGAAGCCUUCCACAUGCUCAAGUUCCUCAUGUACGACAUGGGACUGCGCAAACAGUACAGACCCGACAUGAUCAUCCUGCAGAUCCAGAUGUAUCAGCUAUCCCGGCUGCUGCACGACUAUCACAGAGAGCUGUACAGUCACCUGGAGCAGCACGAGAUCGGACCGAGUCUGUACGCUGCACCGUGGUUCCUCACCGCCUUCGCCUCACACUUCCCUCUGGGUUUCGUGGCCAGAGUCUUUGACAUGCUGUUCCUGCAGGGGUCAGAGGUCAUCUUCAAGGUGGCGCUAAGUCUUCUGGGAAGCCACAAGCCGCUGAUUCUUCAACACGACAAUCUGGAGUCCAUAGUGGACUUCAUUAAGAGCACGCUGCCCAACCUGGGACUGGUGCAGAUGGAGAAAACCAUCAACCAGGUGUUCGAGAUGGACAUCAGUAAGCAGCUGCAGGCGUACGAGGUGGAGUACCACGUGCUCCAGGACGAGCUCCUCGACGGCCCGUCCACUCUCAGCCAAUCACAGCGCGCCGCUCAGCUGGAGAAGACCAACGGCAGCCUGCGCCAGCAAAACCUUGACCUGCUGGAGGAAGUACAGGUGGCCCACGCGAGGAUCCGUUUCCUGGAGUCGCGUGUGGAAGGCUUGGUGAAGAGCGAGGCGUCGCUGUGUGUGGAGCUCACGUCCCUGCAGCAGGAGCACUCGGAGCUGCAGCACACCGUCACCCAGCUCCAGACUCUGCUCGCCAGCCACGGCAUCCAGUACACCUCAGCUCCGCCCUAAUCCCCGCCCUCGUCCACUCCUUCAUCUCCUCAGGAGAAAUGACGACUCGUGGCCUCCAGGCUGGUGGGCGGAGCCUCGUUCCGAUAUCUUAGCGUAAGGUUUAAUGCGCCUUUAAUCCCCUGGGACGAGAGGAAGAGGAUACAGACUCAUGAGUAUAGAGCGUGUAUGUCUCUCUCACUCGCUCUCUGUCUCUCUCUCUCUUGCUCUCUCUCUCUGUCUCUCUGUCUCUCUCUCUCUCUCUGUCUCUCUCUCUCUGUCUCUCUGUCUCUCUCUCUCUCUCUCUCUGUCUCUCUCUCUCUCUCUCUCUCUCUCUCCCCACUCACAGGGAAGUUUAAGUGCCUAAAGGUCAAAGGUCACUGACUUUUGGAUCUGCAGACCCUUGUUUUUUUUUUUAAAGGCAUAACAAUGACACACCAGCACUGAUGGGCUCUGCGCCGCGCUCCGAACAAUCGCACACUGUGUGUGUGUGUGUGUGUAUAAAGUAUUUGCACCCUUUGUCUUGUGUGUUCACUCCCUGUAAAGGCACUGCUGUAUGCUGUUUAGCGUCGAUAAACAAACAAAAAAACCAAACAAACGAGUGAGAUGUGCACACGCUCAUGACUUUUCUUUUCUUUUCAAUCACCGUGAUCUCCAGACAUGAAAGUGUUGGGUCUUUUGUUUUUUUGUCAUCAUAAUUACUCUCAUUAUAGCGCGUCUCUGUCUAGACACGGAUCCCACGUGGGUGUUCAGGUUCAGAUGAAACCGCCCAGCCCUUCAGAUACACGAGUCCACCUGCAUAACAAUACCCACAAUGCACCUCAGUCAGACACACCAAAACCGUCUGCGGAUCCAGACCGCGGUAUUCCCAGAUGAGUCGCGGCGUCUCUUUGCUCUACAUUCAGACGAUGAGCAGAACAGUGCCACGUGGUCACGGGCCAUACGUGGUGUCCGGCUCUCGAGUCGGACAUCGUUCUAAUACGUUUCUAUAGCAGUGUAGUGUAUCGUGAUGAAUAAAUCCUGACUAUCCUGUGAUAAUAAUUCCCCCAGCACUACACUGUUUAUUAAAGGGGCGGUCUGGACUUUUUUUUUCUCUUUUUUUAACGAUUCAUCUGUAGCAGCUGCGACAAAAAGCCACACCCACCUACAACUUUUUAACCAACCAUGUUCUCACUGUGUUGGUUUUUUUUUUUUAGGAAAAGAGGCAGCUGUGUGAGCAAAUAGGUUCCAGAACCAAGGCUAAUUUCAGGGCCAGAAAAAAAAAUUCUUCAAGCCACUCCCACCUACGAUUUUAACCUACUAUGUUCUCAUGUUUUUGUUUUUGAGGAAAAGAGGCAGUUGUGUGAGCAACCGAUGGAUAAUUUCAGGGCCAGAAAAUAAUCUAAAAUUCCUCUUUAGCACCUGCGACGACGACAAAAAAUCGAACAAGCCACGCCCACUGUAAAUCUACAAUUUUAAUCUACAAUGUUCUCAUGAAACGAGGCAGCUGUGUGAGCAAAUAUGUUCAGAUGAAGAAGCAGGGUUCAUUUCAGGGCCAGGGGAAAAAAAAAAAAAAGCAGUGUUCCUCUUUAGCAGCUGCGACAAAAAAAUGAAUAAAUAAAUAGUUCAAGCCACACCCACCUACGAUUUUGAACCUACAAAUUUCUCACGUGCUGGUGUUUUUGUGUUUCUUUCUUUUCUUCGAGAAAGAGAGGCAGCUGCGUGAGCGCUGCUUUGUUCAGACUGAGAGGCGGGGCUAAUUUCCGGGCCAGAAAAAUGCUAAUUGAGCCGAAGCAGCAUUUCGAUCUGUAUAAAGUCAAGAAAUGUUCGGAAACGGGACGGACUUCGUCCCCUCCUCUGUAGUGGAGUGCAGUGGGACGUGAGGACCCUUAAAAUAUCGCACGCGUAACGUUAGAACAAACAACGCUAGGUUCUGACCUUCAGCGUGAAAGCAACUUUACCUUGCGCCACACACACACGUGGUGCUAAAGUGGCUAACAGUCAAUGAACGCCAGCGGACACCGGUUAGCAUCGUAUCGUUUGGUUAUUGCGUCAUGUCUGGAUCAAGUUUUUUUUUCUGUGUGUAUAAAUUUGUCAACACUGAAUGAACCAAAGACAUUAAAGCAAUGUUGAACGCU